AUGGUAGGGACGAAACAAGUAGAGACCGAAUAUGGGAAAUCAAUGAAGGCCGGUGUGGUUGUUGAACAAAUAAUGGACGCAUGGAGUCGGAUUACAAAUUCUUCGACAAAAGAAUUAUACGCCGAUUAUAUCAUUCAAUUUCAGAAAGUGUGUGAAAGGUAUCCUGAUUUAUUGAAAUAUGUUGAAAACACCAUUCUUGAUAAGGUGAAGGGGAAGUUUGUAUGUGCAUGGAAUGAUAAUGGCAGACACCUUGGGAAUACAACCAGCAAUAGAGUCGUGUCGGCACAUGCUAGUUUGAAAAAUUGGUUGGCUAAUAGCAAGGGUGACUUGUGUCGAGAUUGGGAAUCUAUAAAUCUCAUGAUUAAAAACCAACACAAUGAGAGACAAACAACAUUUGGUCGGAGCAUUACGGUGUUGGAACAUCGAUUCAAGGACAACAUACUUUAUUCUCAAUUGAUCGGCAAUGUGUCUUGGGCCGGGUUGAACUAUAUUUUUUACGAGGCUAAACGAGGUGAAGUUGUAGGUUCCGAUAGCGUAAAGUGUGGUUUUACUAUUUCUAAAACGUAUGGUCUCCUGUGUGCGCCUAUUAUUACUAAAAAUAUAGAACUAGGUGAGGAAAUAAGAAUGAAAGAAGUUAUCCCUCAUUGGAAAAGACUUAUUUUUUAUGAUGAUGGUUGCAUCGAAGGAGAAAAAUAA